AUGGAUAAAUUUAAGGCUGCGCUUGUGCUGGCUGGGGUAGGGGAUGCUCUCGGUUACCGCAAUUUCUCCCGAGAAAACAAUGCCCUGGGUGCAAAAAUCCAGCAGGAGCUGAAGGAAAUUGGAGGGCUGGAGAACCUGGUGCUCUCUCCCGACAAGUGGCCAGUAAGUGACAACACGCUCAUGCACAUGGCUACAGCAGAGGCUGUCAUCACAGAUUACUGGUGUUUAGAAGACCUGUACAGGGAGCUGGUAAAACGCUACGUUGAUGCUAUCGACAAGCUCUCGGGGAGGCGGCCAGACCCCGCCACCAUCGAAGGCUGCAGGGAAUUGAAACCAGACAACUACCUUCUCGCCUGGCACACACCAUUCAAUGAAAAGGGUUCUGGGUUUGGAGCAUCCACAAAAGCCAUGUGCUUAGGGAUGAGAUACUGGAAGCCGGAGAGGCUGGAGUCCCUUAUUGAAGUGAGCAUUGAAUGUGGACGAAUGACUCAUAACCACCCCACAGGCUUUCUAGGGUCCCUAUGCACAGCUCUCUUUGUGGCAUAUGCAAUACAAGGGAAACCCCUCGCACAGUGGGGAAGAGAGAUGAUGAAGGUUGUGCCGAUGGCUGAAGAAUACUGCAAGAAGACCAUUCGCCACAUGGCAGAAUAUCAGGAGCACUGGUUUUACUUUGAAGCCAAGUGGCAGUUUUAUUUGGAGGAGAGAGAAAUCAAUGAGGAAAAUCAGAAUAAACCUGUCUUUCCGGACAACUACGACGCAGAGGAGAGAGAAAAGACGUACAGGAGGUGGAGCUCUGAAGGCCGGGGAGGAAGACGAGGCCACGAUGCCCCCAUGAUUGCCUACGAUGCUCUGCUGGGCUGCGGUGGGGACUGGACGGAGCUCUGCAACCGUUCCAUGUUCCACGGAGGAGAAAGCGCAGCUACCGGGUCUAUUGCCGGCUGCCUGUACGGCUUGGUUUACGGCCUGAGCAAGGUCCCCAAAGGCUUGUACCAGGACCUGGAACAACGGGAGAGGCUCGAGUACUUGGGCGAGAAUCUUUACCGACUAUCCAUGGAGGAAAAGUAAAGCGGUUUCUGCCAUUUUCUCUUUCUAUAAAGACUAUAUCAAAUCCUUGUAGAUAACUGACUGACGUUCAUAGCGAAGGAAUUAGCCGGGAGUUAGUCUGAAAGGUUGUAUGUAGUUCGUGUGCAAGCAAAGAUAGCUGAAUUAUUCAAGACUGAUUAGAUAUUUACAGUCUUUGUGGUUUUU